AGCUGAAAGACCCCAUGAUCGGUAACUCCGACACAUACCUGAAUGCUAUCCAGUUUAUUGGAUCUCUCCGAGACCCCGAUGGUCGUGCUAUGCCGUCCACAUCCCUACGCCACUCGGCCUGUCUGAGUAUCCUUCGGCAAGAAAUCUGGAACGCGUUUCUCAAUCGCCGUCCAUUCCGUUCCCCGGUUUCGAAUGACUAUGAAAUCGCUGAUCUGGCCAAUGACUUCAUCUGGACCAAUCGAGUUAUGGUUUGGGUUGCCGACCUUCUAAUCUUCUGCUUUGGCAAGUAUCCCUUGAUGGGCUUUGAAGAACGCAUGGAGCGGUGGACUAUCCUGAAGUCCGUUGAACAGAGAUGGGACAUGUCCAAGCCACCCGCCUUCAAGCCAAUCUUCUACUGUGACCGCGAUGCUUCCAGCGGAAAGCAGUUCCCGGACACCUGGCACAUGAAUGCAUGCCAGGUAGCUGGUGCGCAGCAUGUGGAGCUAGGGCGCAUCUUGCUGGCUACGUCAGACCCGCGACAGUCCUCCGCCUUCGGGAUCAGCGCCGUCUCCAGGGCCUAUGGUCCAGCAGCGGAACUUCGCUCGAUUACGCGGCGGCUAUGUGGUUUAGCCGUAUCUAACGGGAAGUGUCCGGCGGCUUCUGUCACGGCAAUGGUAGGAAUCUCCAUCUGUGGGGAAUAUUUUACAGACCUCCAGGAGCAGCAAGCAAUUGUCCGGUUAUUGAAUGAGCUCGAGUAUGACCAUGCAUGGCCGACGGCAGGAACUGUCGGGGACAUCUACGGAAACGGAACCAAAUGCAUCAAAAACCUGAAGUACGUCGUCUUAGGCGGGACUCACACCCACCUCUUUGACCUGGUGGGUCGGAGCGAGCAUUCUCUCAAACACAAAACCCUGUCCGCUGCAUUCGCCAUCAAAAAUCUCGAGCGAUGGGAGUUUGAAGUUGCUCACACUGCCGGUCGACUCUUGCAUGCGCUUAACAAUCAUUGCGCCGACCCUCUCCCCGCUGGCCAGGCGAUCGCCAACCCUGAAGAUUGA